AUGAGUGAGGUGACAGGAGUUGAGGGGAAAAAGAAUGUCCAAGAUACUGCUAGUGCAGAUGAUAAGAGGGAUAUGUUCAUGCAGAUAAUACAAAUGACUUUUACGUCUCACGAGGCUGCGUAUGAUUUCUACAACAGCUAUGCUAGAGAUAAUGGUUUCAGCAUUAGAAAGAAUAGGGUCAGACAAGGAAAACGUGACAACAGGUUGCUAACCGAGGAAGGACACAGCCGUAGGCUCAGACCCGAGACACGCUGCCACUGCGAAGCGCACCUGACCGUGAAGCUUGACCAAAAGCGUGGGGUUUGGCGUGAAAUAUACAACCUUUGCGCCAGGGAGAAGAGGAAGCUGCUUUCAAAAGGUGAUGCUGCCACAGUCAUAGGCAUCAUGUUACAGGAGAGUUUGAAGACCGUGAUAGCUAAGAGCCAUGAGUAUGAUCAGCUAAAGGAAAAUUUGAGUAAGAAAAUGGCUGAUCUUAGUACUUGUGCAAUUGAAUAUGUAGAUGAUGGUGAAGGCAACAUAGUUGAAGUUCAUGAUCCUAUUAAAGUAUCAACGAAAGGUGCAACUAAGGAAGAAGUGAAAUGUAACUAUGUGGAAUGGGUAGACCCGGAGUGGUCAGUGGCUACGAAGUUCUGCCUGAGAGAACUGUGGAGCAUGUAUGACGAGAAGCUGAGACAGAAUAUUAAGAAUGCUGAAGAAAAUUGCAUGUUAAUUGGAGAAAAGAGGAGGACGGAGGAAGACCUGAGAUUUUUCAAAAUGGACUUUGCUAAACUGGUGGCUGAUAAGGAGGAUGCUCUCACGCAGUUGGGCAAUGCAAGAUUGUCACUUAGCGAUCUCAAAGAGGAGCUGGAGAAGAAUAAGAUGGUAGACCAUGGUUGUGCCAAUCUACAUCAGGUCCUGAGGGUAAAGGCUGAGAAAGACCGGGACCGGGUGGUGCUAGAGAGACCAAGUGAUGAGAGAGAGGGACCAGCUGAAGCAAGAGAAGAGAAAACUUGA